AUGUCUAACGAUUCUUUGGACGAUAGUACCACGGGUGGCGAGAAUAGAAAGAUUUAUAUAGAGAAGAUAGAUUUGAUCCAGCAGACCGAGUCAUUGGUACAGGCAAAAAUGGAGGAUCUUGAAGAUAGAUGGAAGAAGUUGAAUUCUUCCUAUGAGUCCAUAAUGCUGUCAUCUGAUCCGUCUGUUACCAAGGAAGUGAGAGAUAAAGCUAAGAUCAAUUUUAAUGUAUGCUCUGAAGCAUACUAUGGGUCUAGAUCUCGGCAUUUCGAUAUUUCGAAGAUAACAUCUUCUUCCGAUCCUCGAGUAGAGGCUUUCAGAAUAGGCAUAACUCCGAAUGAUUUCCCGAUCCCUCGCGGUGGUUUAGAGCCACACUCGAAUGAUUCACCCAAUGUUUACAUAAAGGUUCCUCCGUGCGAUACGGAGGUUUUCAAAGGGGGAUACGAGGAAUGGCCAUCUUUCCGUGAUAUGUUCACGGCGGUCUAUGUGAACCACCCAAAACUUACUCCGGCACAGAAGUUGUAUCACCUGAGGAAUAAGACUCAGGGCUCUGCUGGUGCCAUAGUCAAACGAUACACUUUGUGUGAUGAGAAUUUUGAAUUGGCAUGGAGGGCUCUUAAAGCUCGCUUUGAGAAUAAGCGAGUGUUGGUUGACAACCAACUUAAGAUUUUGUUCAAUAUCCCAGUGGCAGCGGUAGAGACUAGUGAUUCGGUCCAGAAAAUACAGUCGACGGUGAAUGACUGUCUUGCCACUCUUAGGACACUCGAUGUUAAAGUAGAGUAUUGGGAUCCUAUUUUGAUUUAUUUGAUUUCGACGAAACUUCCGGAUAAGACAUUAUCCUUAUGGGAACAGUCCCUAAGCUCUCACAGUGAAUUGCCGAUGUGGUCCCAAUUGGACGAAUUCCUCAUCGAUAGGUAUGAAAUUGUUGAACGUUUAUCCAGUAUCCGUUCAACAAAAGAUGGCUAUAAUCAGCCUUCUCCUCCGGUUAAUCGUACUCAGGCUUACCAUUCUCAGGAAAAACUGGAUCUUUCGUGUCCUUUAUGUGAGGAGAAUCACUCUUUACGCAUUUGCUCGAAAUUCCGAGGUUUUACAGAACAAGAAAGGAUAGACUUCGUGUUUAGAAACAAAUUCUGCAAUAACUGUCUGUCUACCUUUCAUAGGAAACAGAAAUGUAAGAGCAAGAACAAAUGCUCGGUGUGUCAGAAAUCACAUCAUACCUUGCUCCAUUUGAAGCAGAGGUCACAAGUCGAGUCUGAGAGUAAUAGGGUUAAAGAUGGUCCUGUGACGACGGAACCUCGUCGUUAUCCGAAUAGUAUGGCGGAGGACACAUCCAAUCCAUCAUCAUCAGGUCUUUUACGCAGGGCUCAGGUACAGGCAAAUUUUGCUUCAAGCAAUGGAACUAUUUUGCUUCGCACCGCUAUGGUGCAAGUUGAUCAUGGAGGACAGCUUUUCACUCUUCGAGCAUUGAUAGACCCUGGUUCCCAACGCACAUUUUUGUCAGAAAAGGCCAGAAAUCUGCUUCAAAUCCCUUAUCGUAGAGCCCUAUUUGAUAUCUUCGGUAUAGGGGAACAGAAACUUUCUUCUAAUAAGGAAUGUGAACUGGUACUUUAUUCCUCAAGAUACAAUCUUCGAAUAGCCAUUAAUGCCAUCGUGCUCCCUAAGGUAACCCAGAAAUUGCCUUCCGUCUCAUUUUCGAUCACAAAUCCGGAGGAAUUAAGUGAACUUGAUUUAGCAGAUCCUUUUUUCAACAAGUCGUCACAGAUAGAUCUGAUUUUGGGCAAUGACUCUGAGAAAUAUCUCAACAUCGAUGGAAUUAAGAAGAAUAUAUGUGGGGACGCAUCUGCCUAUAAUACUAUUUUUGGUUGGGUCCUCAGCGGCCCCAUGAGGACGGAACAAAUUCAGGCGUUCACGACCAAUGUUUUACCCUCUGAGAACACCGCUCUCAAUGAAACUCUGCAGAAAUUUUGGGAAUUGGAAGAUAUUCCCGCUUCACCCCCAAUUUCAGAGGAAGAUCAAUUCUGCGAGGAAUUUUACGUUAAAACCACAGUACGUGGACCCGACGGUCGGUACAUUGUACGACUGCCAUUUAAAAAAGAGUUUUCAAAUUCCAUUCAUCUCGGAUCAUCGCGAUUCCUCGCCCUCGGGCAGUUAACAAGAAUGGAGAAUACUCUGUCGAAAAAUCCGGAACUACAGUUUCAAUACAAUUCGGUUUUGGAGGAAUAUUUAUCAAUGGGUCAUAUGGAAGAAACAUCUUCCGAAGAGGUUUUCUCUGACGGAAAGUUUUAUUCUUUCUACCUCCCCCAUCACGCUGUGGUGCGACCUGAACAUAAAAGUACGAAAGAGACAAUCGAUCUCCAAACCCAGUUGAUAACUACUCUCAAAUCUGCGGGUUUCCCGUUAAAGAAGAUGACCGCCAAUAAUUCUCGACUUUUGAAUCAUUUGCCUCCCGAAGACAUGUAUGACCUGAAUUUUUUGAGACUGGAUGAGACAAGCUCCACAAAGACUCUUGGAGUAAUGUGGAACGCUUUGACCGACAGUUUUUCUUACGCGCUGAAUCCUAUAAACACAACUACAACCCUGACUAAACGAAAGGUGCUGUCGGCCGUCAGUCAGUUAUUUGAUCCAGCAGGCUGGAUAACUCCAGUCAUCAUACGAGCCAAGAUACUAAUGCAGCAGUUAUGGCUUGAAGGGUUGGAUUGGGAUUCACCCAUAAGCGAGGAGUCACACUUAACCUGGGAGGGUCUCAUGAAAGAUUUCUCCCAUAUUAUUGACCUAAGAAUACCGCGCUGGAUUCGAUAUAUGCCAUCUGAUCGCGUUCAGAUCCAUGGCUUUGCUGAUGCUUCUAAAGCAGCAUAUUGCGCUUGCGUGUACAUAGUGGUUGAUUCGGGAUUUGAGUCUUGCUCCAACCUACUGAUUGCAAAAAGUAGGGUAGCUCCAUUGAAGACGGUAUGUUUACCACGUUUGGAGCUUAUUGGAGCCGAGCUACUAGCCAAGCUGGUGAAUUAUAUUUUAUCUGUUUUUGAUUUUGAAAUCGCUCACACCUUCUUGUGGACGGAUUCGUCGAUCGUACUUGGGUGGUUAUCAAAACCUCCAUGGUCUUGGGAGACAUUUGUCGCGAAUCGGACUUCAAGGAUUCAUUCCCUUGUUCCCAAUGCCCAAUGGCGUCAUGUUCCUACUGCCGACAAUCCAGCGGAUCUUGGUACCCGUGGGUGUAGUCCUCGAGAUCUUACGAACUCCAAGCUAUGGUGGAACGGACCAUCGUGGAUGACUGCCACUUCGUCCUCUUGGCCAGAAAUGGUUCCCAUAACACCCCCGGGACCACCGGAGGGACUUGCACAAACCUUUCACAUUGUAUCAGAAGAUUCUGAAAUUUUGAAAAGAUUUUCUUCAUACGAUAGAGCCUUAAGAGUUAUUUCAUAUAUUUAUCGAUUUUAUCACCGGACACAUCCGACAACUAGAUCGACUGCGAAUUUCUCCAGUCUCUUUGAGCACAAUUAA